AUGGAAGUGUCGAACUCAGAGCUUGCACAUCAGAUUCGUCGGCUCGACGCUGUGGAUGGUAAGUGGCUUCGCCUUUUGGAUGACGCUGUCGCCGAAAUUGUGGAUGAGUAUGCCCUCGACAAGGCGAGACAUGCCAGACGUCGGGGCGCCUAUACCAUUGUUCACAACGGUGGGCGGCUGUUGCAUUUUGACAACCACUUAACAACGGGUGGAAUUGCAUGCGCCAUGUCCCAUCGACUGGCCCUGCAAGCUGUCGUUGCACAUCCAACUGCCAAGUGGGGCAUCAUCUUAGAGGACGACAUUGCUGCAAUGGUUCCCCGCGUGGAAGAAGUCGUUUCCAAGGCUGUCGCCAGCCUGCCUGAGGAUUGGGAUGCAUUGUUUCUGGGAUACCAUGAUGAUGCUGGGAGGGCCCAUCCCUCUGCCUAUGAGGCAGCGGUGGAAGAUGUAGUGGAGGCUCGGGAAUUGCAAUGUAGCUGUGCGGCCGCUGCGGGAGCCUUGCUUUGGCUUGUUUGCGUGGGCUGUGCGCCGAGAAGCGGCCGAGGCGCUCUUGGCCGAAGCGUUUCCUAUUGGGGGACAGGCUGGGCAGCUUUGAGUGAGGGGUGGAUCAUGCGCUAUCAUCUUGGUUGCUGCGCGAGCGUGGCCGUUGCUUUCAAGUCGAGCCAGGAGUCGAGGGUAGAAAACUGGGUGCAGAAGCUCCACAGUGUUCGUAAAGAUGCCGGAAGCAUGGUUUGCUUCAGCCCGAAGAGCGAGGAAGCAGAGGAUUCCGACAUCCAAACCAUGGCCACGGUGGACGACUUCAUGGGCAAGUUUCAGUCUUGGCAAGCCUACUACGAACACGUGUGGGGCCUUGAUGGCAUGAUGGAUGAGUAUCUGCUGGGAGACGCCGGGGACUUUGGAGACAUGGGGGAGUACCAGGAAGCAGGGGACUGGGACAUGGAUGAUUUUCUUACGCCAUUUGGCGGAGGAGCAGCGUCACCUCCUUGUGAUGCGCCGCCUCCUGAGUGCCAUCCAGGAGAUUAUCCGGACCCUUGA